AUGGGGGUCACAUACACCCUUUUUGGGCGGUUUCCAGACACAAUAUUUGGUAGAAAAGGUUCUCAGCCCAGAAGGGUGGAACCAGAUUUGAUCUCCAAAGUGCGCUUAGAUGAAUCACAGUCUACCUCUAGAUAUGAGAACCAGGCCAACAGUCCCAUGAACUGUGUAAAAGAUAAGGUUGGCUAUCUGAAUAAACACAGUUCUGUUACAAGGAAGAAGGGAGAAAUAGAUGGGUGUGUAGGCAGCUAUUUGGGUUCACAAUGCUACCUCUUCUUAGCCUUUCCACUUCUCUCAGAUGUGGCAGUGGCCGAGCAGUGGGAGCUGCAGACCGGUCUUCAGCGCCGGGCUGAGCGCUCCGCCUUCAGCAGGAAGCGCGGAGCAGGCACGGAGGGCACCCGCACGCCUUCAGACCAGUCUGCAACUGUGGGAAAAUGUGUAAUAAGCACUAUCAAUAGUUGUGAACUCCGGAGAUCUUAUCUUUCCAUCACUCUGACACCUUUUGGAGGAGAAAUCAAUCAUUCUGCCAAAUCUGAAAUGUUUACAUAUCACAAUGGAGGUAUACAAAUUUUAUGCAAGUGCCCUGAGAAUGUCCGGCAAUUUAGAAUGCAGUUGCUAAAAGGGACGCAAGUGUUCUGUAAUCUCACUAAAGCAAAGGGAAGUGGAAACAUGGCAUCUACUGAGAAUCUGAAAUCCUGUCAGUUAUCCAAUGAUAGUGUCUCUUUUUUUCUGGAUAACUUGGACAGUUCUCAUGCCAGCUAUUACAUCUGCAAUCUAUCAAUUUUUGAUCCUCCUCCUUUUCGAGAGAUUGUUAACAGAGAGUAUUUGCAUAUUUAUGAAUCACAGCUUUGUUGCCAACUGAAGAUCUGGUUACCCAUAGGAUGUGCAGCUUUUGUUGUAGUCUGCAUUUUUGGAUGCAUAUUUUUAUAUUUGCUUACAAAAAAGAAGUACCCAUCGAGUGUGCAUGACCCUAAUAGUGAGUACAUGAUCAUGGCAGCAGUGAACACAACCAAGAAGCCUGGACUCACAGAUGUUACUCGUAACUUGGGGCUCUCUAGUCCCCCGGCAUGAACCGCGUUGGCCAUCUGCCCCUA